AUGCUGCGCUACCUGCUUAAAACACUCCUGCAGAUGAACUUGUUCGCCGACUCCCUGGCGGGGGACAUCUCCAACUCGAGCGAGCUGCUCUUCGGCUUCAACUCCUCGCUGGCAGCGCUCAGCCCUAGCCUGCUGCCUCCUGGAGACCCCUCUCUCAACGGGUCAAGAGUUGGGCCGGAAGAUGCCAUGCCGCGCAUCGUGGAGCAGCCGCCAGAUCUGCUGGUUUCCAGGGGCGAGCCGGCCACGCUGCCCUGUCGCGCUGAAGGCCGGCCUCGACCCAACAUCGAGUGGUACAAGAACGGGGCGCGCGUGGCCACUGCCCGGGAGGAUCCGCGCGCUCACCGCCUGCUGCUGCCCAGCGGCGCCCUCUUCUUUCCCCGCAUCGUGCACGGGCGCCGCUCCCGGCCGGACGAGGGUGUCUACACCUGUGUGGCUCGCAACUACCUGGGAGCAGCCGCUAGCAGAAAUGCCUCUCUGGAAGUAGCUGUCCUCCGUGAUGAUUUCCGGCAAUCGCCUGGGAACGUGGUGGUGGCAGUGGGGGAGCCCGCAGUAAUGGAAUGUGUGCCCCCUAAGGGCCACCCAGAGCCUUUGGUGACCUGGAAGAAGGGUAAUGCAAAGCUUAAAGAAGAGGAGGGCAGGAUCACGAUACGUGGAGGAAAGCUGAUGAUGUCACACACAUUCAAGAGUGAUGCUGGGAUGUAUAUGUGUGUGGCCUCCAACAUGGCUGGAGAGCGAGAAAGUGGGGCAGCUGAACUCGUGGUACUGGAGCGUCCCUCAUUUCUGCGUAGACCAAUAAACCAGGUCGUCCUGGCUGACGCCCCUGUGAAUUUCCUGUGUGAGGUGCGGGGAGAUCCCCAGCCCAGUUUACGCUGGCGCAAGGAUGACAGUGAACUGCCCACUGGCAGGUAUGAGAUUCGGAGUGACCACAGCCUUUGGAUCGGCCGAGUGAGUCCUGAAGACGAGGGGACUUACACCUGUGUGGCAGAGAACAGUGUGGGCCGUGUGGAGGCAUCUGGCUCCCUCAGUGUUCACGUCCCACCCCAGUUUGUGACUCAGCCCCAGGACCAGAUAGCAGCUCCUGGACAAAAUGUGUCUUUCCAGUGUGAGACCAAAGGAAACCCCCCACCUGCCAUCUUCUGGCAGAAGGAAGGCAGCCAAGUCCUGCUUUUCCCUAGUCAGUCACUCCAGCCGCUGGGACGCCUCUCAGUCUCUCCAAGAGGCCAGCUCAACAUCUCUGAAGUACAGAUCGGGGAUGCUGGCUACUACGUGUGCCAGGCUGUCAGUGUGGCUGGUAGCAUCCUGACCAAGGCCCUGUUAGAGAUAAAAGGAGCUUCUGUGGACGGGCUGCCUCCCAUAAUCCUCCAGGGACCCGCCAACCAGACGCUGGUACUUGGCUCUUCUGUGUGGCUGCCGUGCAGAGUGACUGGAGACCCUCAGCCCAGUGUCCAGUGGAAGAAGGACGAGAGGUGGCUGCAGGAGGAUGACUCCCAGUUCAACUUAAUGGACAAUGGCACUCUAUACAUCGCCAGGGUACAGGAGAUGGACAUGGGUUUCUACAGCUGUGUGGCCAAGAAUUCCAUCGGGGAGGCCGCAUGGAAUAGCUGGCUUAGGAAGCGAGAAGAUUGGGGAACAUCACCAGGUCCUGCAACUGAACCCAGCAACCCUCCAGGGCCUCCCUUGCAGCCAGUAGUCACAGAGGUAACCAAGAACAGCGUCACCUUGACCUGGAAGCCCAAUCCACAGUCUGGGGCCACAACUACCUCUUAUGUGAUAGAGGCCUUCAGCCAAGCAGCUGGCAACACAUGGCGGACCGUGGCAGAUGGGGUGCAGCUGGAAACACACACCGUCAGUGGCCUGCAGCCCAACACCAUCUACCUGUUUCUAGUGCGAGCUGUCGGAGCCUGGGGCCUCAGUGAACCCAGCCCUGUCUCUGAGCCUGUUCAAACCCAGGACAGCAGCCUAUCCAGGCCGGUGGAGGACCCAUGGAGAGGCCAGCGAGGGCUAGCUGAAGUGGCUGUGCGCAUGCAGGAGCCCAUAGUCCUUGGGUCCGGAACUCUGCAGGUGUCCUGGACUGUGGAUGGCCCAGUGGAGCUGGUGCAAGGUUUCCGUGUGUCUUGGAGAGUUGCAGGCCUUGACCAGGGAAGCUGGACAGUGCUGGACCUACAGACUCCACAAAAGCAAAGUACUGUGCUAAGAGGACUCCCCCCAGGGACCCAAAUCCAGAUUAAGGUGCAAGUCCAAGGCCAGGAGGGGCUGGGGGCUGAAAGCCCUAUUGUGACCAGGAGCAUUCCUGAGGAGGCCCCCAGUGGCCCCCCUCAGGGAGUGGCUGUGGCCUUGGGGGGUAAUGGCAACAGCAGUAUCACUGUGUCCUGGGAGCCUCCACUUCCCUCCCAGCAAAAUGGGGUCAUCAUUGAAUACCAGAUCUGGUGCCUGGGUAACGAAAGUCGCUUCCACCUCAAUCGAUCUGCAGCAGGCUGGGCACGCUCCGUGAUGUUCCAGGGACUGCUACCGGGCCUGCUCUAUCGAACCCUGGUAGCAGCAGCUACCAGCGCUGGCGUGGGCGUGGCCAGUGCCCCAGUGCUGGUGCAGCUGCCGUCCCCUCCGGCAGCGGAGCCCGGGCCCGAGGUCAGCGAGGGGCUGGCAGAACGGCUGGCUAGGGUGCUGCGGGAGCCCGCCUUCCUGGCUGGCAGCAGCGCGGCCUGCGGGGCGCUGCUGCUCGGGUUCUGCACUGCCAUCUACCGGCGCCAGAAGCAACGCAAAGAGCUCAGUCACUACACCGCCUCCUUUGCCUACACGCCUGCAGUGUCCUUUCCACACUCAGAGGGCCUUUCUGGAGCCAGUUCCAGGCCACCCAUGGGCCUCGGCCCUGCUGCCUACCCAUGGCUGGCAGACUCCUGGCCCCAUCCAUCUCGAAGUCCCUCAGCUCAGGAACCCCGGGGAAGCUGCUGCCCCAGCAAUCCUGACCCGGAUGAUAGAUACUACAACGAAGCAGGAAUCUCACUGUACUUGGCUCAGACUGCCCGGGGUGCCAAUGCCCCUGGUGAGGGUCCUGUCUACAGCACCAUUGACCCAGUAGGGGAAGAGCUGCAGACCUUCCAUGGAGGGUUCCCUCAACAUUCUUCUGGGGACCCAAGCACCUGGAGCCAGUAUGCUCCUCCUGAGUGGAGUGAGGGGGACAGUGGAGCCAGGGGGGGCAAGGUGAAGAUUCUGGGCAAACCUGUGCAGAUGCCCUCUUUGAGCUGGCCAGAAGCCCUGCCACCACCUCCCCCUUCCUGCGAACUAAGCUGUCCAGAGGGGCCCGAGACAGAGCUAAAGGGCAGUUCAGACCCGGAAGAGUGGUGCCCACCAGUGCCUGAGAAAACCCACUUGACUGAGUCGAACUCCAGUGGAGCAUGCCUGGUGGCUCCACCCCCAGGGGAAACUCCUUCCCCUUCCUCUUCUUAUGGACAGCAGUCCACGGCCACUCUUACCCCUUCACCUCCUGAUCCUCCCCAGCCCCCUACUGAUAUCCCCCAUCUCCAUCAGAUGCCCAGGAGGGCGCCCCUUGGGCCAAGUUCUCCUCUCAGUGUAUCCCAGCCCGCUCUGAGUAGCCACGAGGGGAGGCCUGCUGGCCUGGGUGCUGGCCCCACAGUCUCCUAUCACCUCAGCGGCAGCCCUGUCCCUAGCACGCCCAGCAGUGGCCCAGGGAGAACCCGCCAGGUGACUGGAGAGAUGACACCCCCCCUCCAUGGACACCGUGCCCGAAUCCGGAAGAAACCCAAGGCUCUUCCUUACAGAAGGGAGCACAGUCCUGGGGACUUGCCCCCACCACCCUUGCCCCCACCAGAGGAGGAAACAAGCUGGCCCUUGGGGCUGAGAGCGGCGGGCAGCACGUCUUCCCUAGAGCGAGAGCGCAGCAGCGGGGAGAGGAGAGUGGUACAGGCCGUGCCCUACCACGCUGGACCCCACCCAGACGCUGCCCGUCUGGGGUGUGCUGUAGAAGAGGCCUGGCUCCCAUACGGCAGACCGAGCUUCCUGAGCCACGGCCAGGGCACCAGUACCUGCUCCACCGCUGGCAGCAAUUCUUCCCGGGGUUCCAGCAGCUCUCGAGGUUCUCGGGGCUCUCGGGGCCCUGGACGCAGCCGAAGCCGGAGCCGGAGCCAGAGCCAGAGGCCAGGACAGAAACGGCGAGAGGGAAAGGGGCAAUAG